AGUUGCGUGCGAGACGUGAAUGCGAGAGCAUCGUCUAAGAACAAAUAAGAAAACGAUUCACUUAACGGACUCGAUAAACAACAAGAAAUUCGUCAAAUUGAAAGAAAAUCGCUCAAAGUGUUCAGGUGUUCAAAUGUGCGUGUAAAAACCAACAACAUCAACAAAAAAGUGUAGAAAAAAGCAACAACACAAUUUUCGCUCUAUGCUCAAAAUGAAUUUUAUGAGCAUUAAAACAAAGUUUAAAAUUAUUAUCAAUUGUGGCAAGCAGCAGAGUGAAGCAAAGUGAAAAGCUAUAAUAAUUUUAAAAAAAUAAUUAACGAACAAAAUUAAGCAACAAUUGGAUUAAAAAAGCGACACCAACAUUAAUUUUAGAUACCAAAAAUAAGUUCUUAAAAGAAAUACACAAAUAUCAUAAUAUUAAAAGCACCAGCAAAUAAAAAGGGAAAAGACUUUUAGCUCAACAAAAUGGAGGCGAGAACAACAACAGCAACAACAACAACAACAGCAACAACAACAACAGCAGCAGCAACAAGCAGCACACAGAAACCGCACACAAAGCUGCAACUAGAAGCGGACGCAACAACAGAGGCGGAGGCGGAAGAAGAAGAGCUUCAAGCAGCGGCAACAAAACCAGCAACAGCAACUGCAACAGCCGCGAUCAUCAUUGACAUUCCAGCGACAAGUGGCAACUGCAACUUUGCCCGCUCCUGCUCAGCCUCAUCCUCCGCAUCCGCAUCGUCCUCUUAUGACACGGAUUGCAGCACGGCGAGCAGCACUUGCUGCACCCGCCAAGGCGAACACAUUUAUAUGCAACGCGAUACGCUCCACAAAAUGACAGCGCCAACAACAGCAACAUCUACAGCAGCAACUGCAAUACCAUCUGCAACAGUUGCUGCCACAAAUGCGGGCUGCAAUUUGGCAACGCUGGAAGCGGAUGAUUUGGCAAUGCUCAAAUUCGAGCAUCGCAAACAUUGGCCUUGGUUCAUUCUGAUGAUCUCCGUCAUUGAGAUUGCAAUCUUUGCCUAUGACCGUUACACAAUGCCCGCCCAGAACUUUGGCUCACCGGUUCCGAUUCCCAGUGAUUCAGUUUUGGUCUAUCGACCCGAUCGUCGCCUCCAAGUCUGGCGUUUCUUUAGCUAUAUGUUCCUGCACGCGAACUGGUUCCAUUUGGGGUUCAACAUCAUCAUACAGUUGUUCUUUGGCGUUCCACUGGAAGUGAUGCAUGGCACGUCGCGCAUCGGCGUCAUCUAUUUGGCUGGCGUCUUUGCUGGGAGUCUGGGCACCAGUGUUGUCGACUCGGAGGUUUUUCUUGUGGGUGCCAGUGGCGGGGUUUAUGCCCUGUUGGCAGCUCAUCUGGCCAAUAUUACGCUGAAUUAUGCGCACAUGAAAUCCGCAUCGACUCAACUCGGCUCUGUGGUCAUUUUUGUCUCUUGCGAUUUGGGUUAUGCUUUGUAUACGCAAUAUUUUGAUGGAGACGCCUCCGCCGCUGGCGCCGCCUCCGCAACAACAUCCGCCUUUGCCAAGGGACCCCAAGUCUCGUAUAUUGCCCAUUUGACUGGAGCAUUGGCGGGUUUAACUAUCGGUUUUCUAGUGUUGAAGAAUUUCGGUCAUCGUGAAUACGAACAGCUGAUUUGGUGGCUGGCGCUGGGCGUCUAUUGUGCAUUCACCGUUUUUGCGAUCGUCUUCAAUCUGAUCAACACUGUCACCGCGCAGUUGAUGGAGGAGCAGGGCGAGGUGAUCACACAACAUUUGCUGCACGACUUGGGCGUGUCCUAAGCAACUACUAAAACUACUACAAACCCAGGAGAGAAACAUAGACAGAUAGGAAGAAAAAACAAACAAAAAAACGAAAAAAAAAAAAAGUAAAAAAGUUAAAAUGCGAUUUUAGUUUAAAACUAAAUUCGAAAUUCGUUCGGCUUUACUUUUCGUUCCGUUCCGUUGCGUUGCGUUCCGUUAGCGUUUCAUUUCCAACAUUUCACGCAGACAACAAACCGAAAAGCAGAACAACAACAACAACAGAAACAACAACAACCAAAAUCAAAUCACUCAAAAACUCAAAUGAAGAACGGGCCGAAACGUGUAAACAAAUGUUGUGAUAGAACCAAAGACUGAAUUUAUUUUGCGUGUAAAACAAAACAAAAAUAACAAAACAAAAACACCAACCCCCACCCUCGAAGAAAAAGAACACCCCAGAAGAAGUAGUAGAAGAUGAAGGAGAAAAACUAUAACUAAUCGCCUCUCUCGCUAUGAUUUCCUAAACAAUGUUUAUAGUUCAUUUAUUUUUUGUAAUAAUUUAUUGGCACCAAUUUAACUUAUUGAUAGGAUUUGCGAUUAGAGCCUAAUGAAUUUGAUCAGAGCUCCUUGUUUAUAUUAUAGUCUAUUUAAUUAUUAAAAUAAACACACUCUAGAUAUAC